GCGUUACCCGCCGGGACCCAAUAGGUUGAAAGACGCCGGCUGCGGAGUUGAGCUUUUAUUCAAAAAAAUCAGUACUUCUCAGUUCCUAUCCCCCCACAAUCCUCACGAUAAUGUCCAGAAGACUAAAGCCUACAGAUCUCAUUCAUGGGGAUGCUCAUGUCGGCGGUCAAGACCGUGUGGAAGUUGCACCCUCUAUAUCUGUCUCUACGACGUUCCGUGCACCUCUGGAUCCUGAUGCACUGAUGGUCGACUCUGAUGUGAGAAAUCCUAGUCGUCACAUCUACUCGAGAUAUACGCAGGACGUUUCCACUCGAGCUGAACACAUCCUCAGUAAAAUCAAUGAUGGCCACGCCCUCACUUAUUCAUCUGGGCUUUCCGCUUGCUACGCAGCCGUGGUUCACUACAAACCCAAACGAAUCGCAGUUCGAGGCGGAUACUUUGGGUCCCAUCAAUCAUUCGCUAUCUACCAAAAGACCAGAGAGGUUGAACUUAUUGAUUUAGACGAUGAGUAUCAGCCGGGAGACCUAUGUUGGCUCGAAACGCCAAUAAACCCUACCGGCGAAUCUCGCGAUAUCAAAUAUUAUGCAGACAAGAUUCACAGGGUCGGAGGGAAACUGGUAGUCGAUUCCACGUUUGCACCACCACCUCUGCAGUACCCAUUCAAGUUCGGCGCUGACUGUGUCCUUCACUCUGCUACAAAGUAUUUCGGCGGGCAUUCCGAUCUACUUGCCGGAGUUUUGAUUGUCAAGACCGACGAAGAAUGGUCAACAUUGAUGCAUGACCGCACCUACAUGGGCAUGGUUAUGGGAUCCUUAGAGGCAUGGCUGUUAUUGCGUUCCCUUCGUACCCUUCAUCUUCGAGUACCGCGUCAAUCGGAGACGGCCACUGCUUUGGUUCAGUGGCUCCAGAGCGUUGUAAAAGAAACCUCCUCAGGAAAGGCUUAUGACGGCGUCCCCGCCGGUGUCAUCUCUCAAGUUCACCAUUCGUCUCUCCAACAACCGGACGCCAGGGGAUUCCAUCCCAAGACUCAAAUGGAAGGAGGAUACGGUGCCACAUUUGCGAUCAUUCUCUCCGACAUAGUUUAUGCCAAGCGCCUUCCCGGACAGACCAAGUAUUUCGUUCCGGCUACGAGUUUGGGCGGCGUAGAGUCUCUUAUUGAGUAUCGGGCUCGAGCGGAUCCUCAGGAAAAUCCACUCCUCGUUCGAGUGAGUGUGGGCGUCGAAGACUUGGAGGAGCUAAAAGAGGAUCUGCGACAAGCACUGCAAAAGGUGGCCGAAAUCAAGGCGAAGUUGUAAAUUUAGGGCGUUUCAUGCAUCGAUGAACAAUAUUUAGAACAUUCAUUGUAGCGCAGCGUUUAAAAUAACUUCUACAAUCUAUUU